GAUAUUUCGCAACCAUUCGAUCUUGGAAUCUCGACGCGAUCCCAUCUAGGAACGCGGGAGAGCCGGAACGUAUUUUGCGCGGGAAAAUUGACAGUUCUUUUUUUAAACAUGGCUGUUACGAGUGCCAAUAUUGUGAAUUUGAAGGAGAAGGGACAUUUUGAACGUGAAAAUGCCAGGAUUGAAAAAUAUACGCUUGCGGACGAGCUACCGGCUCAGCUGGCGGAGCUCGGUCUGCGCCCGCGCACCAUGACACCAUCCUCCACUUACAGCAUCCGUCGCAUGACCACAAACGACAGGGACCUCACAUUAAAAUAUCUGAGAAGGUUCUUUUUCCGUGAUGAACCCAUGAACUUGGCUGUCAACUUGCUGGAGACAUCGGAGUCCAGGUGCAUUGAACUUGAAGACUACGCCGCGGGAACCCUUGAGGAUGGCGUAUCCGUAGCAGCUGUCGACGAAAAUGGAGAUUUCAUUGGACUCAUCAUCAAUGGAAUUGCGAGGAGAAAAGAGGUCGACUACACGGACAAAUCAGCUGACUGUGCGAAUCCAAAAUUCCGUCGCAUUUUGCGGGUACUCGGCCAUUUGGAUCGGGAGGCGCGGAUCUGGGACCAUCUACCGAAGUCGUGCAAUACUGUGUUGGAAGUCAGGAUAGCGUCAACACAUUCAGCGUGGCGAGGACGCGGGCUGAUGAGGGUGCUUUGUGAAGAGUCUGAACGCAUAGCAAAAGCGAUCGGCGCAGGCGCACUUCGCAUGGACACCACAUCGGCUUUCUCCGCAGCAGCGGCUGAGAGGCUCGGCUAUAAGAUGAUCUACAGGACUCAAUACGCCGACCUGCCGUUCGCGCCACAACCGGACCCGCCACACCUCCACGCUAGUGUCUACAUUAAGGAGCUAUAAAAUAUACAGUCCAGAAGAAGCCUGUGAAUAAUUAACUUUAAGACACGGAAUAAUUUAGUUUAAUUUAAUGCACAUAAUGUACCUGUGAUAAAUGUCAAGAUAUUGGCAUUUGUUAAACGUGUUAACCAGUAACUUGUGCAUCUAGUUGUAAUGUUAGACCUAGAUGCCUGUUAUAUUAGAGCUUGCGCACAUUAAGGAUAUUUUGUCCAGUUUGCUUUUUUAUUAAAAAAAAAUAUUGUCUUUUUUAUUUAUUUAUUAUAAUUUGAAGAUAAUGGCUUUCUUAAGUCUUUUAAAAAAUGAUGAAUGAUUUUAGGUAUAGUUUUAAAUUUAACUAAAACAAAUUGUUAAUGUCUACCUAAAAAUUAUAGCGCGCAGUCUUUUUUUUUUUCAAAAUGUGUGCAAGCUCUAAAAACAAUUAAAAGUGUUUAAUGUUAUAACAAUAAAGGAUAUAUUUACGUUCACCGAUAAGUCUCAAUGGGAAGAUGUAGUGACUAGUGUAGUUAUUUGUGUCUUCUGUGUUAACAAAUUGUAGAUGUUUCAGCAUAAUUAUUUCCCAUGGAACAUUAAAGUUUUAACAAUAUUAAAACUUUACACUUUAGUAAUGAAAUGUAAGAUAAUAAUAUGUAGCAGAAAUUAGAAUUGUUACUUUAUAAUUACCUAUUUUGUCUCUUUUGAUCGUAAAGAUAUAAUCAGCAAUAAGACGCUGUGAACUUAGAUUGUUAUUUCUUACGAAAAAUCUGGAAAUUUUAAUUUACUCUAAAAGAGAUUGCUGAGUUUCCAAAGUUUUAAUGUAAAUAAUAUCUGAAUCUCAUUACAAAGUUUUCAACUCCGUACCAUCUUCCGGAUAAAUGCUCUCAAAGUAAACAUUUUUCAUAAGUUUAUAUUAAUUAAUUUAUUAGUGUAAUUACAUUCCAGUUAAAAUAUUUUAUGUGUAUAACGCCUAACAAAAAUCUUAUAGCAAUUAUAACAUUUACAUUGUUGCUAGCACAAACGUAUCAGGGUUCUUUUUUAUAGUUCCUUAUUUUUAUGUAGUAUUAGCAAGCUGUAUUAUUAAAUGGAUUCAUGAAUUAUAAUUUAUUGGUAUCUGUUAUAAAUUCCGCUUUGUGAAGAAGUCUACUUGUCGUCAAUUUAACUGUAGACCGUAGUCAAAAUGUUUCAGUAUCGUGCAAUGUAAACCUUAGAUAAGGUAACGUUAAUAAAUAUAUAUACGGAAAUACAAA